AGCGGCCCCCUAGCGCUUCCUGUUUCCGGUUCCCGGAGUAGGGCACAGCAAGGCACCUGGGGAAACGCUGGCCUCUGACACGAUCUCUGGGACCGGGGUCUGUGGCUGGCCCCUUGCUAGCCCGGUCUCCCAUUCUCAGAAAGCUAUUCGCCAGGGGGUUCUGAGCUUUGGCCACGCCGUUUGCCCGUGACACGAUGUUCCCUUUCUAUAGCUGGAGGACUAGACUGCUACUGCUGUUGUUCCUGGCUGUGGCAGUGAGAGAAUCCUGGCAGACAGAAGAAAAAACUUGUGACCUGGUAGGAGACAAGGAAAAAGAGUCAAAGAGUGAGUUGGCUCUAUUGCAGAGGCUAACUCCACUGUUUAACAAAAGCUUUGAGAGCACCGUGGGCCAGGGCUCAGACACAUAUAUCUACGUAUUCAGGGUAUGCCGGGAAGCUGGCAACCACACCUCUGGAGCAGGCCUGGUACAGAUCAACAAAAGUAAUGGAAAAGAGACAGUAGUAGGGAGACUCAAUCAGACACACAUCUUCAAUGGAAGUAAUUGGAUCAUGCUGAUCUAUAAAGGGGGUGAUGAAUAUGACAACCACUGUGGCAAGGAGCAGCGUCGUGCAGUGGUGAUGAUCUCCUGCAAUCGACAUACCCUAGCGGACAAUUUUAAUCCUGUGACUGAGGAGCGAGGCAAAGUCCAAGAUUGUUUCUACCUCUUUGAGAUGGAUAGCAGCCUGGCUUGCUCCCCAGAGGUCUCCCACCUCAGCGUGGGUUCUAUCUUACUUGUUAUAUUUGCAUCACUGGUUGCUGUCUAUGUCAUUGGAGGUUUCUUAUACCAGCGACUAGUGGUGGGAGCCAAGGGAAUGGAGCAGUUUCCCCACUUAGCCUUCUGGCAAGAUCUUGGCAACCUGGUAGCAGAUGGUUGUGACUUUGUGUGUCGUUCUAAACCCCGAAAUGUGCCUGCUGCAUAUCGUGGUGUGGGGGAUGACCAGCUGGGAGAGGAGUCAGAAGAAAGGGAUGAUCAUUUAUUACCAAUGUGAUUGCACUUUAAAAUGUCCAGCCUCUUUAGUCCCCCAAACCAAAGCAUACUCAGCCAGAUUUCUCAAGCAGUCUCUACUCCAUUCUUGCUCUUAUAUCAUUCCUGCUUUCCAGUUUGCUGUUGAUUUGCAUCCUCUUCUCACUAGAACUUCCUUCCCUUUGUUCCCUAUCUUGUUUUUCUUUUAGAGAGGUGUUACUUUUAAGAGAUAAUGAGACCUGUGAAAACAGAGGUGCUGCACUCUCUUGCUAUCAGAGGGUACAGGUAGGACAGUUAAAAGUGGGCAAAAGGGUCACUGGCCCUUUCUUUUUUAAUGCAUUUUCACAAAUUUUUGAGACACUGGAUUUCUUUAAUUAAAGAAAAAGCAAAGAAGCAUUAUUUAUACAGGUUUGAUUGCUUUCAUGCUAUAACUCUACCCUACGAUAGUCUCCAUGAGAAUCUGGAUGAUAUUUCUUGCUGCUUGGAUCUGCUUUGUAGUGAUUACUUGGUUGCAAUCCAAGUAUUCCCAUUUGGUCUGAGCCAAAUGUUCUAGAUUUGAUCUCCCACAUCUGGGAUUAGACAGGAAAAUGUGAAAUUUCCUAAUUACAGGAUUAUAAGGUACCAUCACACCAUUGUCAUUGGGAUGACAUAGCUGUAAUUGGGCCGGCCCUGGAUUGUGGUCUUGUGGUUAUCAAUCCAUGUGUGGCCAAAAUGCCUAAUCCAGCAAUCUAGUCCAUUGGAAAGACAAGUUGAAUCAGCAAAUAUGUUUACCUUAUGCUUGGAUCUCCAUGACAGCUUUCUUCUAUUGUAGUAAAAGCUGGAAAAGCUGUUCUUGUUUCCCUCUACCAGUAUUGUAAACAUAUGUUGCACUUUUUUUCACAGGCAUAUUGGUUUUUGAACCCCCCCCCCCCCCCCCCCCCCAAAAAAAAAAUCUUCUGGAAAGGGAAUGGAAGCAGAAGUGGAACACUGAGGGUUCUAAGGUCCUCUGCUCUGGGUGUGGAAUGCUGCUGCACCUGUCCCUUCUGCUGGCUCAGGGAAGUGUCUUCUUGCCCACAUUUCUGUGGGGAAAGGUUUUUAAUCCUCUGAUGCUUCUAUCUUUCUAUUUAGGCCAUGUGCCCAGAAUCCCAGGCUGAUAUUUCUGUCUAUAAUAGUGAACCCCUGGGCCACUAAGAGUAACAUGGCUCCACUGGACACAAAAGAGGGGUAGAAUCAAUAGGAAGGGGGCCUUUUAUAAACCUUUAGAGAAGAAAUGAAAUUAUUUCAUCUUUGGACUUUAAUACUAUUGGAAUGUUUUUUGUUUUUCUUCUUUCUAAACAGGGAAAAUAAUGUUAUAAAAGCAUCUCCUUUGUCAUUAUUUGUUUGCAUCCUUCCCCCAUACCCUGGUGUUUUAAAUGAAAAAUAAUACACCACUUUUGUACAAAAACACUUAAUGAUUAAAAAACAAACAAAACA